AUGCACUCAUCUAAGCCGUUCGCCUUCGCUGCGCAGGUGUCUGCCCAUCUAAUCAUCCAGAUACUCAUCCUGGCCCUGGUUCCCGCCGCUUCCGUUGCCACGGCCCCCAGCGAACCACUUCGCUCCGAGUGGCCCGCCAGCCCUUGUCAGCUGUCUACAACUACCGAUAGCCCGGCAGCGCCCCCGCUGCCGUGCCUCAACUGCCCCUGCAUUCACGCACCGUCAUCGACAACAACCGAAGAGCCAUCUAUAAAAGACCAUAACCAACGCGCGGCACUCUGUGAGCUCGGUCGCUGUGCCACGAUGCACUCGUCUAAGCCGUUCGCCUUCGCUGCGCAGGUGUCUGCCCAUCUAAUCAUCCGGAUACUCAUCCUGGCCCUGGUUCCCGCCGCUUCCGUUGCCAUGGCCCCCAGCGAACCACUUCGCUCCGAGUGGCCCGCCAGCCCUUGUCAGCUGUCUACAACUACCGAUAGCCCGGCAGCGCCCCCGCUGCCGUGCCUCAACUGCCCCUGCAUUCACGCACCGUCAUCGACAACAACCGAAGAGCCAUCUAUAAAAGACCAUAACCAACGCGCGGCACUCUGUGAGCUUGGUCGCUGUGCCACGAUGCACUCGUCUAAGCCGUUCGCCUUCGCUGCGCAGGUGUCUGCCCAUCUAAUCAUCCGGAUACUCAUCCUGGCCCUGGUUCCCGCCGCUUCCGUUGCCAUGGCCCCCAGCGAACCACUUCGCUCCGAGUGGCCCGCCAGCCCUUGUCAGCUGUCUACAACUACCGAUAGCCCGGCAGCGCCCCCGCUGCCGUGCCUCAACUGCCCCUGCAUUCACGCACCGUCAUCGACAACAACCGAAGAGCCAUCUAUAAAAGACCAUCACCAACGCGCGGCACUCUGUGAGCUUGGUCGCUGUGCCACGAUGCACCCAUCUAAGCCAUUCGCCUUCGCUGCGCAGGUGUCUGCCCAUCUAAUCAUCCUGAUACUCAUCCUGGCCCUAGUUCCCGCCGCCUCUGAUGCCACGGCCCCCAGCGAUCCACAUCUUUGUCCAGUUGUUUGA